AUGCACUUCACCAGGCAGCUCCUCUGGGCCCUCGCCCCCUUUACCCUCUCGCCCACCGCAACCGCCUCCGACCUCGCCGCCCCGGCCCCAGGCCCAUACUUCCCCUUCCCCUUCGGGCCCGGCUCCCUCUCGCACCCCCUCGCCUGCGCAGAACUGCUCUCCGUAAACCAGCGCCUCGACGCCUUCACCUACUACGCCUUCCCACCCGGCAGCCUAGACCCGGACACCAUCUCCGCGAUGGAGGGGUUUACAGGCUCGUACAAGACGCUCCUGAACGCGCUGCACCGCGACGACUGUGCGGCUGAUACGAAGGAGGGGGAGGAGGAGAAAGGCGUGGCGGUGCGCCAGGUCGACACGCCGCAAACGAUCCCCGUUAUCUGUGAGAUUAUUGAUGGGCUGCUGGGACUCAAUGAGACGGAUGCCGGGAUCGUGGAGGAGAUUAUUGGGCUUGUGGCGAUUGUGCUGGAGACGAUUCUGGAUUGUGAUUGUCAUUCUGUGGGGGUUUGUGACUAG